CACACUUUCUAUUUAAAUGUUUGCUUUUUUUUUUUUAUGAAUUAAGACACCUCAUGGAUGUCAUUUCUGUUUACUUAGUUGAGCGGUUCUUGACAUAAUAUGGAUUGCUACAGUUGUGGAAUAGGGCUAUUUACUGUGUUUUUAUUAUUUGUUAUUUACUGUUUGAGCUCAAACGCAUUAAGAAGGCAAAAAAUUGUACUAAUUACCUUUUGACAAGGCAGACCUGUUAAUUGAAAAGCAUUCCAGGUGACUACCUCGUGAAACUGGUUAAGAUAAUGCCAAUAGUGUGCAAAGCGUCAUCGAGGUAAACAGCGGCUACUUUGAAGAAUCUAUAAUAGGCAAGGCAAGGCAAGUUUAUUUAUAUAGCACAUUUCAUACACAGUGGCAGUUCAAUGUGCUUUACAGAAGUAAAAGCAAAACAGUAAACAAUAGAGAAUAAAAUUGCAUAAAAUAAAUGGGAAGAAAUAUAAUAAGAAUUAAACAAUAGUAGAAAUAAAAUAAUAAAAUGAAGUAGAAAUUCAAAUAGGGGGAGAAAAAGAAAAAAAAAGAAGCAUAAUAUGAAGCAAUAAUGAAUAUAUGAAAUAAUAUUGUAGCGCGUAUCGAGUGUGGGUGGAGCACAGAGGACGGCAGGACAACGUUUGGAGGCAGACAAGGCGAUUUAUUUUUACAACUUUUCAGUAAUCUCAUUCAUUCAUUCACACGCACACACUUGUCUGGUCCCGGGUUGCGCUCCCUCUCCUCUCUCUCUGCCUCCUUAAAUAGGGAGCGGUUACUGGGAAAACACACACACACACAGGUUAAUUAUCCUCAGGUGUCGUGAUUCUGCCACUCACCUUCCCCGGCUCCACCCUCCUGUCACAGACCGGCGCUUGACCACGCCCCCGCUGCCACAAAUAUGAAGCAUAUUUUUGUUUUUCACACUUUUUUUGUGUGCGUUUACACCACAAUAAUUCCAUAUAUGUUCCAUACGUUAUUUCAUAGUUUUGAUGUCUUCAGUAUUGUUCUACAAUGUAGAAGGGUCAAAAUGCAGUAAAACCUGUGAAUGAGUAGGUGUGCCCAAACUUUGACUGGGUCUGUAACUUCAGUGUGACAAAUACAGAUACACAAUGACCAAGUCUUCUGCUGUACUCUUCAUUCUCUUUUUCUCCUUGCUCUUCAAACUGGAAGAACCGAACCCAUUCCUGAUUGUGGUAGUGCUACUGAUAGCUGGUGGAUUAUUUAUGUUCACGGUUAAGUCCACUCAGUUUAACCUGGAGGGCUUUAUCAUGGUACUGCUGGCCUCCUUUAUAGGUGGGAUCCGCUGGACCCUCACACAGCUCAUCAUGCAGAAAGCAGAGCUUGGGCUCCAGAACCCUAUAGACACCAUGUAUCACCUUCAGCCACUCAUGUUUUUGGGACUGUUUCCUCUCUUCGUGUUCAACGAGGGGCUGAAUGUGGGCACAACAGAGAAGCUGUUCCGGGUGAGUGAGCUCCAUCCGCUGCUCUAUUCUCUCCUGACUCUGUUUCUGGGAGGUUUGCUGGCCUUUGGGCUUGGUUUCUCCGAGUUCCUGCUUGUCUCUCGUACCUCCAGCCUCACGCUCUCCAUCGCAGGCAUUUUUAAGGAGGUGUGCACUUUGCUGCUUGCAGUAGAAUUUAUGGGAGACAAAAUGAGCACAGUGAACUGGUUGGGGUUUGUCGUUUGUCUGUCGGGUAUCUUGCUACACGUGGGUCUCAAGACAUACUACAGCAAAGGUAAUGGAUCUACAGUAAGAUCACUGCCAGGCAGAGAAAAUGCGGACAUGGAGCUCCCUCUUCUUAUUUCCAGAGAUGAUUGCUCUGAGGCAGAGGAUGAAGGAUAAAUGAAAUGAGACCACACACUCCAAGCAGAAGAAGAAAUGCACAGGAUGAUCAUGUUGAUCAGAGACUUACUGAGACACCUAUUCUGCACAUCAGCAGUGUUGAAGGAACAGGGAUGUCUGUUAUGCCUUGCCUACAGGGGAAACCGGGGUGGGUUUCCAAAAAGGAUCGUAGCACAGAGAUCCUCGUUAAAUGGUAGAGCAAGCAUCACAAUGAACACUCUCUCUCUCCUAGUUAAGAUGCUCUUAGCAUUAAGAGGCUUUUGGGAAACCCAUCUCAGUGCAGUUUAGUCCCUGACUGUGAUCAGGUUCAGGGCUGCAUGGUUCAUUUCAUAUCAUGAGUAUGUUCAUAAUUAAAUUUCCAAAUCAUUAAAGGCUUUUUGUCUGAUCGAUAAAAUGACCAAAAAUUAUGCUUCAUUAAGUACCCUGACUGAGAUGUUUUGGGACUUCUUUAAUAAAUCUUAAAUUUGUACAUUUUAAUCAGAAUGUUUUUGAAGUUUCAGAAAAUGUGUUGAUUUGUAACACACAGGGAUAUGUGACUUAUUUAUUUCUAUCUUUCAGCCUUUGCCAGGUUUCUCAGGUGAAACUCAGGACAGUUUCCAUGUGGCCUUAUGUAUUGUUGUUUACAGAAAAGUAAUUGAUUUACAGUUGAUUUUUAGGUCAUGUAGUAAUUUGUAAAUUGUAUACUUUAAUAAUAGUUAACAAGAACUAUGUUAAAUAAAAGCCUUAGCUCAUUUGUCAUUCUAUAAACACGCUGCACAGGCUGCUCUCCUCACCUUCUGCCAUUUGUUGAUGUUUUAAAUUACGACCAGUUUUACAUCCCUUUAAAAACACACCUGUGUUCACAGAGUGGAAGAGGAAAUUUUUAUUUUAUUUACUACGCUGCUUUCUAGCAAAGAGAACUGACUAAACUUGAGUUUAUUGGAGUGCUGCUGGCUGUUUGACCUGUCCUCAGUGGAUGUUGCCAUAAUUCACAAUUUGUGCAGCGAAGAAGAGGUUGAUGAGAUCAUUUUGAACUGAAUUCAGAGCUUUACCAUGCUUUAUAUCCUUUUAAUAUGCUUUAACUCUGAUGUAAAACAUAAUUUUAGGACUUAAGGCUCUGGGCUUACUGCUUCAUAGCCGUAUCUUGUUUAGGCUAUACCAUAUUAUUGCAAAAGCUCAGAAGGCUGAUUAAACUUUUUUUUUUUUAUUGAUCCUGAUUAUUUUCCUGAGCAAUACCUUUUUAAAUUUAAUGCUCAUAUGUGUAUAUACUCCUUACUGUGCUGGGCCAAGCCAUAAGAGAAGGGAUUUUGGGGCCCCCUAGAUUGCUUCACAUCGGAGCCUAGCCGACUGAGUUUACCCAGCGGGUGCCACAUGGCUGAAGCAAACUGUUUGAAGCUUAAAAUUCCUGCAAAUCUGAUCCCUCCCUUUAAAAGUGUUCCCAAAUCACAAACCCAGGCUGUAACACCUCAAUGCUAGUGCAAUCAGGAGUUUACUCACAGGUCAAUAAAACUACCUCCUACUCUUGA